UUAAAAGCCUUCACUUCUUUCCUCAUCUCUCCGCUUCCUUCGUCUUCGUAUCCUGUCUCUCUUUAUACGUUAACAGUUUCAUUUCAUCAUUUGAUCUCUCCAUUUGGGUCUUUAUCAUUUCUUCAUAUUGCAUUCUGGUUAAUUCAAUGGGUCCAAAGAAGAGCGUCGAGGCAUUGAAGGAAGCCUAUUUGAUGGGCAAAAGAGUUUUUGUAAGAGUUGAUCUGAACGUUCCAUUGGAUGAUAACUUCAACAUAACUGAUGACACUAGAGUCCGUGCUGCUGUUCCCACCAUCAAGUAUUUGAUGGGUCAUGGCUCUAAAGUCAUCCUCUCCAGUCACUUGGGACGUCCAAAGGGUGUCACUCCUAAGUACAGCCUGAAGCCUCUUGUUCCAAGGCUAUCUGAACUCCUUGGAGUCGAGGUUAAGAUGGCAAAUGACUGUAUUGGCGCUCAAGUUGAAAAAUUGGUGGCUGAAUUACCAGAUGGAGGUGUAUUGCUUCUUGAGAAUGUGAGAUUCUACAAGGAGGAAGAGAAGAAUGAUCCUGAGUUUGCAAAGAAGCUAGCUUCUCUAGCUGAUGUCUAUGUUAAUGAUGCAUUUGGCACUGCUCACAGGGCUCAUGCUUCCACCGAGGGUGUGGCUAAGUUCUUAAAGCCUUCUGUUGCGGGUUUUCUUAUGCAGAAGGAGCUUGAUUAUCUAGUUGGAGCCGUGGCGAAUCCCAAAAAGCCAUUUGCUGCAAUUGUCGGUGGUGCUAAGGUAUCAACCAAGAUUGGGGUGAUUGAAUCACUCUUGGCCAAGGUUGACAUUCUCUUACUGGGUGGAGGAAUGAUCUUUACUUUCUACAAGGCCCAGAAAUAUUCAGUUGGAUCAUCACUUGUCGAGGAAGACGAACUUGAUCUAGCAACAUCACUUCUUGAGAAGGCCAAGGCAAAAGGGAUGUCCCUCUUGCUUCCUACUGAUGUCGUUAUUGCUGACAAGUUUGCUGCAGAUGCUAACAGCAAGGUUGUGCCAGCAUCUCAGAUCCCAGAUGGUUGGAUGGGUUUGGAUAUUGGACCUGACUCCAUAAAAACCUUCAGUGAGUCUUUAGACACCACACAAACUAUUAUUUGGAAUGGACCAAUGGGUGUCUUUGAGUUCGACAAGUUUGCUGCAGGCACGGAGGCGAUUGCUAAGAAACUUGCGGAGUUGAGUGCCAAGGGAGUGACAACAAUCAUCGGAGGAGGCGACUCUGUUGCAGCAGUGGAGAAGGUUGGGCUUGCUGAGAAGAUGAGCCACAUCUCGACAGGCGGUGGUGCUAGCUUAGAGCUUCUUGAAGGAAAACAACUACCUGGAGUCCUUGCUCUUGACGAUGCUUAAGCUUAGUUUUUCAACCAAGACUGAAUAAGUUUGUGUGGUAAUUAGUAAGCUUAUGCUGUAGAUGCUUCACAAAAUAAAUUGGCUUGUUCUAUGCA